AUGUCCGGCUCGGUGCGCGAUCAAGGUCGUCGGCGUCGCAGCCAGACCUACGCCAGCCACAAGGGUGCUCGCUCUUCCAAGCUUUCCCUCCUCACUGCCAUCACCAACGGGUCCCAGGGGUCGACCGAUAGCUCGUUUACCGUCACGCAAGAGUCCUACUCCAAGUCCACCUCAGGUUCGAGUAAGCGAAGUAGAUCCUCCCGGCAGAAAGUGCCCAGCGAUGAGCGGAGGAGAAAGGCCUCGCCGGUGAAGACCGAGCCAGAGAAAGCUACUAGCCAGGAGCAGAGCGUGUCCACAGAAUCAGUAGACGUCUUCGCCUUUCUCGUCAAGGAUGAAGAGCAAAGCGCCGCCGAACCGGAUGCCGAAGAGGAGCCCCAAGUUGAGAAGGACACCCCCGUGUCGGACGACUCUGAUACUGAAAGCAUCGUCCCGAGCAUGCAUUCGGAUUCGGGUAUAUCCAUGGGUGAUAGCACUGUCCAUUCCAACAAUGACCCUUUCGUCGACACCCACUUGCCUCCUUUGCUGGAGGAUGUCCAGGAGCAAGAAGACAACCACAAAGCACGGGCGAGCGAGCCAAAUCGCUCGCAACGGCUACGAUGGAAAUAUCCAGAGGUACCGCCGGCCACGCAUAAGCCUCCCGCCCCGACCUUGAUGGAUAGGACGCCGGACCCGAUGCAAGUUCGUGCACACAUGCCACAGAUACCCAACGGAAGCGACAGAGAGUUUCCUUCGUCCCAGAAUAUGUUGUCUGGAUACGAUCUCAUUGCCGAUAGACUGGCGUCGGGGGAACUUCCACCAGUGUUUCGGAGUUUCCAAAAGAUCUAUUUUCGGUUGCUUUUGCAAUUACAGGACGAAAUCAUCGAGAUGGAAGAACAACUAGCUGCUCUGGACUCCCUCGAUGGUCGUCAUCGGCUCCAUCCGGACGGCGGCAUGUCGCCGGCCUCCAGGAGAUUGAGCUGGCAAUGGGGUCAGUCCGAUCUACCAGCACAUCGGUUACAUGUCUUGGGACGAUUGUCAAUGAAGCUCGAACAAUACUAUCAAGUGCUUUCAGCCUCUCAAAGGGUCCGCACGCUCUCCUCGUCGCCAACUACAACUGAGGUUGCACAAUUCCGGACGUGGUUACAAGAACACAGCCCCCUCUCACUCCCAGAGUCCAAGUUCUUGGACGACAAGGAGGAUUUGAUAUCACUAAAGGAGACCACUCCACCCACCCCAAUGCAUUCCACUGGCCCAGCAUUAGAAUACGUCCCUAUUUGCAUUCUGACGAUGACGCUUCUGCCACUUUUGUGCUUCAAGUUCGUCACCGGGGUUUUGAACCGACUGAUAUUGCUCACCAUUGUGCUGGCGGCCGGGUACAGCAGCCUAGAGAAGCUCGACAGAUCAAAGGUCGAACAACAUCGACAGUGGGUGAUUGCAUGUUUCGGUGUUUCAUUUCUGGCAGCCCUCUUCUUUUAG